ACCUGAGCGAUAAUACAGUUGCAGGAAUAUUUACACGAACUAUUUUAGGAAUUAUGAAUUAUUGGUCAUUUUUAAAGAGACUUAACCGCAAUGCAUCAACAAAGUAUUUGCUAACAUGUGGAUCGGGAUUAUUGGCUUUUGUAGCAUUAGGCGAAAAGACUCGGAAAAAAACUGAUUUUGAUAUUGCCGUGGAAAAUGCAACUGAUCUCGUUCAAAGAAUAAAGGAUGAAUCUGGUUGCCCUGGUAUAGUAGCAGCCGUAGGCAUCGAUGGCCAAUUGGUCUGGUCUCAGGGAUUUGGUUAUGCAAAUAUAGAACAUAGAAUCGAAUGUACUCCAAAAACAGUGAUGAGGAUAGCCAGUAUAAGUAAAUCAUUUACAAUGGCACUAGUCGGUAAACUCCAUGAAGAUGGACUGUUGGAUUAUGAUCAGUUUAUUGAAAAAUAUGUUAAAACAUGGCCCGAAAAGUAUUUUAAUGGAAAGCCAGCGAAAAUAACGAUACGUCAACUACUUUCUCAUUUCGGCGGUAUUCGUCACUAUUUAAAGUGCAAUCAGAAAAGCUCAACACCAGUUGAAAAUGAGCUGCUGAUACCAGAGUACUAUAAUAAAAAAAGAUAUAAAACAAUAUCCGAAGCUCUAUCCAUAUUUAAGGAUGACGAAUUAUGCAGUCUACCUGGAACAGAGUUUUUAUACACAACUUACGGAUGGACACUAAUUAGUGCAGUUUUAGAGAGCGUCUCUUCAAAAUCCUUUGAAGUAAUGAUAAAGAAUUUAUUUCAAACUUUAGAUUUAAAAAAUACUUAUUUAGAUGAAAAUGAUACAAUUAUCUAUCACAGAGCAAGCAAUUACGUAAGAGAGGCAAAAACUGGAAAGCUGAAAAAUGCUGAAUAUGUUGAUAACUCUUAUAAAUGGGGUGGAGGUGGACUUUUAUCGACUGCUCCCGAUUUAGUAAAAUUUGGACUUUCAAUGUUGUCUAGUUAUCAAACGAACUCACCGAAUAACUUCUUAACUAGGAAAACUAUGAUAGAAAUGUGGCAAGGUGUUCCUAAUGCUAAAUGUAUAUGGGAAAAAGAUGGAUCCUAUGGAAUGGGCUGGUGUAUUCAUUCAAAAUAUAUAAGUCACACAGGAGGGUCUAUAGGUAGUUCGAGUGUACUUUUAAUCGUUCCAAAAGAGAACUCUGAAGAGAAACUUCAUGGUGUAAGCGUCGCUAUUAUGUGUAAUAUGCAAGGCGUCUCCCUUUAUAAGACAGCAAAAGAAAUUGCUCAAAAUUUUCAAGACUUAAAGGUUGAUGAAAUAAUUGUUGACAAGCAAAAAGUUAAGGAUCAAGACGAUUUGCAUGAUAUUUUAUUGCACACUCCGAGACAUGAUGACUAA